AAAACACUGAGUCUCUUCUCAGUAGUUUCUCUUUAGCUUUUUAAACUGUCAGUUAUUUGGUGGGGAGGAAAAGAAAGCAGUCCUUUCAGCUUCAACUGAGGAAAAGGAGACCUGAAAACUCUUUUGGAAAAAAAGAAGAAUCCAUCACAUUGUCAACACUGGAUUGUUCCAGACAAGGGACUUUGCAUAUUUUUUUCUUUUCCAAACUUUUUGAAGCACUCCAAGAUGUUUCUUACAACGCCGUUCCUUCUUUUGCUGAUUGGGAGUCUCUCGUUUCAGGGGAUUGCAGAGGAAGCAAGUACAGUUUUACUGGAAGAUGAAACGGCGACAGGAAACAGUGAUGGCUCUGGACCACCAACUCCAUUGCCUACAAAACUACAGGACACAACAGAUACUUUUCCCUUUGAAGAAAUGAUGACCACAGAAAGUGCUGUUUCAACUAGUGAAGAUAGUGAUAACUCGACAGAUCCAGAAGUCCCAGAAAGUUCUGAAGAUGGUCUGGAAACAGCAGCGCUGGUUGGGAUCAUCAUUGGGAUUGUCGUGGCAAUUGGUGUGGUCACUGGGAUCAUCAUCACAGUUGCAAAGAAAAUGUCGGGCAGGUACUCGCCCUAAAAAUCAACAAAGAAGAAAAUAGAAUUGGAGAAUUGCUUUCCCCUUUCUGAACAUCUCUCCUCAUGUACAGAUCAUGGAAGAUGACCCGUGGAAACAGUGAAUGUGGAUUUGCUGGCCCACAGAGGUCCAACACAAUUUCCUGGAGGGAUGCUUUGCGUGCCAAAAAAUGAAAAGCUGUUCACCCAAAAUAACUAU